AUGGUUUGUCUAAAGUGUCCGAAUGACAUAGCCUGGCCGUUGCGACAGGUCUAUCCUCACCCUGAGACACCACCAGGAGCUGCCUCCACCAGUGUUGAGAUCAGUAUUGUCGCUGUGCAUGGGUUGAACCCUCGAAGCAGGGAUGAUACCGAGCACGCGUGGAACACAUGGCGGAACCGAGCGAGUGGGAGACUGUGGCUCCGUGAUGACCUUCCAAAAUCCACUCCUGACGCCCGCAUCUUCAUCUACGAGUACAACGCGACGGCAGUCUAUGGCAAGGACAAGAGCACCUUCGUUGACAAGUCAAAUGAGCUGCUAGAGGCACUCAGAGCAGAGCGAGAUGACGAGGAAAGGCCAGUCCUGUUCCUGGCCCACAGCAUGGGCGGGCUUCUCGUCAAGCAGGCUCUCAUCAACGCCGGCAUGAAUCCAAAGUACAGGAUGAUCAAACACAUGACCAAGGGGAUCGCCUUCUUCGCUACACCGCACCACGGCGGGGACACGACGCUGGUUGGCCUUGGCUCCAUCGCAACCAAGAUUGCACGAACGGCCGGCCUUCAGCAGGGUGAUGACGUGCUGGAAACCUUGAAGAGUGGUACUAUAUUCUCCGAUGUCAUACACGAGCACUGGAGGCAUCAGAUGGUGGAGUACAAUAUCAUUUCGUUCUGGGGUGCACUAGAUACCGUCGUUCCGGGAGAAAGCGCCAAACUAGGCAUGUCAGGCGACAGAGAACAUAUCGUCAAGUUGAACGCUGAUCACAAGGGUGUAUGCAAGUUCGGUAGAAGCCAGGUGGAUGAAGACAACUUGGGGAUUGUGCGCCGUAAUAUUCAGGACAUUUACGAUGCCGCGUUACAAGAAGGCAUUGGGAGUCAGGUUACCUGUCAAGCAGCUACUUGGCAUGGUGUUACCACUCCGAGUGAGAUGAACUCAUUGAACCUUUCAAACUCAAUAAACGGCCUACGCGCGGCGACAGAGCACCUAUGCUCGCUAAUUCAGUCCUUCUCGGCGUGCUGGAACUCGACUAAUCGUUUGAGAGAUUGUCGACAAGAGAUAACACUGGUCGGAAUUGGCUUGCGAUCCUUUGAGCGAUACCUCCAGCGACUUCAUACAGUCGACCCUCAGCGUAAAAAGCUCAUUCAAGUUGAUGACCUCGUUAUCACACUCUCCGAUGCGAUCAUGGUCUUUUCAGAAUUCGAAGAACUCCUCCAGCGACUCAAGACGAUGAAGAAUGCUGGUGUAAGGAUAAUUUGGAGUCAGUACUCCAAAAUCUUCCAACAGCAUCUUGAAAGAAUCCAACGGCUCAAAGAAUCACUUAAGUUGAUGCUUACUAUCGUCGAAUGUGACACGAAUAUCGAGGCACAUGAGAACAGGGAGAGGCUUCAAGAGUUGGUCGAGAGAGUCCUUAACGAGAAUCAAGCCCUGAAAUCGAAACUGAGCCUGUUGGAGGAUCGCUUUGAUGCAAGGAGCACCUUCACCCGGGAUUUCGACGAGAGCAGCGAAACGGCCACGAUCAGAGAGAGUGAUACGGCGGGUCCCUUUCGAGACUCAGCCCGUCCUUCCAAUAUCUCGAACAGAAUCUCAUUCGCUUUUGAAAAGAUUCUUCAGCAGUCGUGGGUCUACAAGCGGAACGAGCGGAACGACUGCGACCAAUCAUUCAUUACCGCGACAACCGACGCUCGAUCAAGGACGUGGUCAAUAUUUUCAGGCAUAAGCAUGGCGAAUAUCUCCAUCUUGUCUGUGAUAGCAAUGCCAAUUACCCUGAUUGACAUCAAAUAUGGCCAUUACUACGAAGUAAAGUCCAGGUUCAUGGAUUCGGCACCGACCGCUGAUGAUGAAGGGGACAUAUCAGAUCAUCCCCAGAUCUUGCCAUAUCAGUCUGAGCACCCUGAAACACAAUUCAGCAGCCAAUUUAACGAAUUAACAGUCGACGAAGACCGAAUAGAAGACGAGGAUAGCGAUGGGACCCUGAGUGACUGGGCGGUUCACGAAGGAAUCUUUCCGUGCAAAGGUUGUGGCGAGAUAUUGGAGAGCGGAAAAGCCUUUGAGCUCGCUGGAAAUCGAUGGCAUUUGGAUUGUUUCAGGUGUAGCACGUGCCAUGUCCUGCAAGAUAGCGACUCGAACCUCUUACUUCUGGGUGACGGAUCACUAAUCUGCAGCGGGUGUACAUAUACUUGCGAUGCCUGCGGGAACAAGAUUGAGGAUCUCGCUAUCCUAACAGAGAAUCAAGCCUUUUGCGCGACAUGUUUCCGUUGUAGGAACUGCAAUCGACAUAUCUUCAAUCUGACAUACGCCAGAACCUCGCAGGGGAUGUUUUGUAUGGGUUGUCACGAGACAAUAGUGGCCAAAACGAGGAGAAAGGCGGCUAUUGCUGAAUCAGGAAACGAGAGAGUUGGGGGGGAGAUGACACUGCCUCAACUGAAGGUUCCUGAGAAUCCUCCGAUUGAAUGGCGAUAUUCUGAUUCAACAAAGGGAGAAGAGGAACAACCAGAGCCGGCUUAUGACAACUUCAUAUAG